AUGAACAACAUUCCCAACACAAACCCCAUGGGGGGGCCUGUGGGCGGUGCGCCUGUGCCAAUGAUGCACAAUGGUGCCAUGAACCCCCAGGCCGCAGCCGGCGCACCAGGGCCUCGCUUGCAGCAGGUAAACGACAGCCAACGUGGUGUGCUCAACACCUACAUUUACGAGUACUUUAUCCGAUACGGCAUGUUCGAUUGCGCCCGGUCCCUACUCUCUAGCGACCAGCAAGUCAACGUACUCAAGGAUGGGAAGGGUAGCAACUCGAUGAACGGGGCAGGCGACGAGCAUAUGGACACCGAUUCAAAGGACGAUAUCGAUUCGAAAAUCCCCGACGACCUCCCGCAGCCGAAGCUACCAAUGCCUGCCUCCGAUUCGUCUUUCCUGUAUGAGUGGUUCUGUCUUUUCUGGGAUAUAUACAAUGCGCAACGCGCAAAGAGCGGCAAUCCGAAUGUCAAUCAAUACGUAACGCACACACAGCAGGAGUUACUCCGUCAAAUGCGCCCUGAAACGGCUCAACAGCAGUAUCACCAUAUGAUGCGCAUGCAGAAUGGUGCUCUUGGUGGGAUCAACAUGAAACAGCCCGCAAAUCUCGCUCGUGCGGCCAUGGCCAACAAUCAGAACAAUCCUCAAAUAGCCAUGCAGAUGCAACAGGCCAAGCAAGCUCAGAUGCAGCGCGAUCCAUCCUCCAUGGACGGUAACCAGAACCGACCAGCUUCACCGUCUUCGGGCGAGAACGCGCCUUCUCCCUCAAAACGCCAGCGUGUCGACAAUGGUCCAUUCAACCCCAACCAGCCUGGUGCCAUGAUGCCGAAUGGGCGACCCGGCAUGCCUCCGCAGCAGAUGCCCGGUGCACCCAAUGCUGCUGCAGCUCAGCAAAUGCUAGCAAACGUCACUUACUCUCAGCGUCUUCAGCAACAUCAUGGUAACCAAAUGGGUAAUAAGCAGAUGCCAAAUGCCGCCGGUCCGCAAGGACAAGGCUCGCCGCCCCUCAUGCAUGGGCCCGACGGAACGACACUCAACAACUAUUACAACCCACCUGGGGGCGAGAUGGGCGGUCCGAAUGGUCUCCGUGCAGGGCCCGCAGGUCAAGCACCAGGUGGCAGCAACCAUGCACUUCAAGAUUACCAGAUGCAACUGAUGCUGCUCGAGCAGCAGAACAAGAAGCGCCUUAUGAUGGCCCGACAAGAGCAAGAUAGCAUCGGAACAAUGCCGCGCGACGGCAGCGUGCCAGGCCCCGGAGGCGCAGUACCGACCGGACCCAAUGGCCAAGCAUUCCCGGAAACAUCACCGCAGGCCAUGCGCAGCGGCACAUCACCUAAUCCUACUGAGCAGAUGAAGCGCGGCACGCCACAGAUGAACAACGCUGGCAUUCCGUCACCGGUCCCCGAAGGUGGACAACAGUCUCGAGGCUCGCCAAACCCGGGCAUGAAUUUCAUGCCUAAUGCAGACCCCAACAUGGCACCCCAUUUCUUCAAUAAGGGGGCAGAGGCUGGUAUGAAUCCGGCUCAACCCCAGAUGAAUGGUAUGCGACCGCCUAGUUCGCAUCCUGGGCAGGUCUUCAACGGACAGAUGAAUCCCGCCAUGAUGGCGGCUCGUCAGCAACAGGCUGCUGCUGCACAAGGCAACCCGCAGGUAUGGCAGGGACCGAACGGGCAAAUGAUGCCUCAGGGCAUGCCGCAAAACCCCCAGGCGCAAGGAACUCCGCAGCAAAGAGCCAUGCCGCCGCCAUCAGCGCCGGCGAACGCUGCUGCGAAUCCCAACAGUCGCACGACGGCGUCCCCUCAGCAGCCAUCUGCUCAGCCGCCAACCCCGAACCAAGCAAACAAGCCUGCGCCAAAGAAGAAGGAGACCAAGGGCACCAAGAAGGGUGGCGCAGCCAAUAAAAAGGCUAACCAGAAUGCCAACAACACGGGAGCGACUCCAGCAGCUGAAACCAAUGCUGAAUCAGAGAACCCGCCGGCAACCCCCAUCACCCCUGUCACCGCUGGGUUCAAGAAUGGCCAGAACAACGUUACGAACAACCAGCCCACGUCAACGGCCAAUGCUCAGUCCGCUGCUGCUCCCGUGGGGCCUCCGCCGGGUCAGCCAGACAUGAGUCAGAACUCGUUGGCUCUAAACAACGAUUUCUCAAUGAAUUUCAUGGACAUGGACAAUUCGCUGCAAACUGGCGAUGUCCUCAACGACUUCGACUUCGACUCCUUUUUGCAUGACGGAGAUGGUGACAACCAGCCCUUUGAUUUCAAUGGAGCAUUCUCUGCCAUGGAUGGUAACGAGAUCAGCACCGAGCAAUGA